AUGUAUGCUAAUGGCGAGAACAGAGGAAGGGGUCAGAUUUAUCCCAAUUGGAGCAAGAGUAACAAUAAUGUUUAUAACGCUACAACGACGGGUAUAGUAAGAAAAAUCAUACGACAAGAAAAAAGGGUAUACGAAAUAACCAUACUGGAGGCAUCUGAUGGACGUCAAGUGGUUGUUAUUCCUCCAGGCCCUGAACUUCUUGUUUCAGAGGGCGAAGCCAUCAAACUGGAUCAACCAUUAAUGAGUAAUCCUAAUGUGGAUGGAUUUGGUCAAGGGGAUGCGGAAAUAGUACUUCAAGAUCCAUUACGUGUACAAGGCCUUUUGCUCUUCUUAAAGCAUUAG